UGAGGGCGCUUAGCAGGUGCCGGAAUAAAAGUAAAAUGUCGACAGCGAACGCGUGAUUCUCACCGUGAUACGUCCAAGUAUUUUCUUUUAUGAGCGUCUUGGAAAGUCAGGGAGGUUGCCAUCGCGUGCGUAGAAGAGACCUUUCCAGCCAGAUUCCUUCAGCAUGGCUCUUGCCUUCCACCCCCUGCACAUGUCUGUUGAUCAUCAGCCGCCGUGCCCAGGCUGUUCCACUUACCUCAUAGAGCCUUACAUCCGAUGCAUGGUCUGUGGGCCACCUUACCUUAACAUCUGCCUCCACUGUUUUUCUAAAGGAUGGGAGAACAGCAAACAUCAAAGCAGCCACAACUACGACAUCAUCACAAAUGAAUUCUCUGUGUUAGACCCUACAUGGACUGCCAAAGACGAGAUGAAACUACUGGAUGCCAUCGGAGACUGUGGAAUUGGAAACUGGCAGGACAUAGCCAAUCAGGUUCCUGGACGGAGCAGGCAAGAGUGCGAACAACAUUACAGCAAGAUCUACAUUGAGAAUGUCAAGCCACCAUUUCCUGACUUUCCUGAGGAGAUGAAAGGGGGCCAGUCUAAAGCUAUACCUUGCAGAUGGAGUGAGGAUCCAGUUCGACCAAUCAGGGAUUCUCAGAAAGCUAUUGACAUGGCUGGCUACCAGCCUGCAAGAGGCGACUUCAACACGGAAUAUGAUAACUAUGCUGAAUGUGAUCUGCGAGAUAUAUAUUUCCACAAUGAGGAUGAUAAACUCUUAACCGAACUGAAGUUUGCUGCGGUAGACAUCCACCAGUCCAGGAAAAAGGAAAGACAGCGAAGGAAAAAGAUCAUCAGAGACUUUGGCCUGAUUAAUCUACCAAAACAAAAUCUGCAAGAGAGGACGCACACAGAGACAGUCCGGAACCUGAUCAACAAACUCAAAUCGUUUGCCAGACUACACACACCACUAGCACAGGAUAAGCUUCUGGAAGGGUUGAUAUAUGAACUUGAUUUGAAGACAGAGAUUGACAGAUUACAGGAAUAUCGCUCCAACGGGAUAAAAAACAUGAUAGGUGCUAGGCUGUAUGACAGACUAAAAAUCAAACGAGCCAAACGGGAAAAGAGACACCACCUGGAUGACGUGUUGGCAACAAGCCAAGAUCCCAUCGCCUGCAAGCAGUGGCUCUUGCGCCAAGCGCUCGUUGAUGCUGGUCACACUGAAUUGCUGCCGAUUCUACCCAGUGGAGGUCGUAAGUCAGCCCCGCCUCUGGACCUGACUGGCUUUGCUGGGUACGAGCGACUCAACGAAAAAGAGAGAGAGCUGUGUGCGACCGUGCGCAUCAUCCCCGAGGCCUACUUCGAGUACAAGCGCAUCUUCCAGACAGAGUGCGAGCGGGUGGGCCACCUCAAGCUGAAGCAGGCCCGCAACCUUAUCAAGAUUGACGUCAACAAGAUCCGUAAACUCUUUGACUUCUUGGUCAAGGAGGGGCUUGUCAACACCAGCUAGCAAGUACUUUUCUCCCGUGUGAGUCAUGGGCAUUGCAAGGGGCUUAAAUAAGGGGGAGGGGCACUCGUUCCCAGAAAACAAAAGCUGAAAAUAGAAAAAAUAGAAAAUGCCAAAGGAAUGGAGAAAUGAGAUUAAAGGUGAUAAGAAUCACUCAUUUAAAAAAAAAAGAAAUUGACCUCUCCCCACUUUUAACAGUUUAUAAGUUCGUUGCUGAUGAGCGCUGUUCCUCCCCCCUAAAAAUCCUAGCAAUGCUCAUGGUGCAAGGUCAUGCUUUAAACAGGACCUCAUUAACAGCAGAGUUGUAACGAGUCUCUAAUUUUGGUGACUCAAGUUGAGUUGUAACAUGGUGACUCACUUGAGUCAUGUUGUAACGCGAGUCGAGUUGCCAAAAGUGACUCAAGUCAGAGUCGAGUUGUAAGAGUGACUCAUUUGAGUCAAGUCAUUGUAAUAUCGUUGAGUUGCCAGAACUUGUGACUCGAGACAGACUCAAAUCGAUUAUAAAAGAGGUCAAGGGUGGCAUUUACCCUUCAUUUACCUAGGAUUUAAGCCCAAAUAAAUAUCUAUCAUUCAAAGAUCCUAAGAUCCUUUUAUUUAUCAAAACCAUGUACACAGGGACCAGUGUUUGUAGCACCAGACCCGUCGUAGUCCAAUGCAAAGAUGUACAAAUCAUUGUUUAUGAGAAAAAAUAUCUUAAUCCAAAUGGUUUGUUCAACCUCAAAACAUUGCUUUGAAAAUCCUGACAAGUAGCAGAAGAAAUCACUUCACAUUAUUCUGGCUUUGUUUGUCUCUCGAUAUAAAAAGGGGGCUACUGAACAUAUUUCAUACAAGCCCUGCGAGACUAAAUUAUGUCAGGUUGUGGCGAAGUCAGGCAAACAUUUGUGACCGGUCAUGACAAAUGAGCAUCAAGUCGCACUCCUUUCUUUUUAUGACAGAAACAGAAGGGAGGUCAUUUCUUGGGUUUUGUAAUUUUUAGAAAGAGUAAGCCUUGUUCUAUUUAAUUCCAAGUUUUUAAUAGGAUCAGAUAUUUGAAAGUCUUUUUUCCCCCAAUUCUGACGAGUACAUUGUUAGUCGUCAGUCAGAAAUGUUGCCACCGGAUUAUCUCGUCAUCACCCUAUUUUUUACUCUGUUUUGCCAUUGGAAAUCUCUUUCUGAUAAAAUCCAAAAACCAAUAUCUCCAUUGUCAAAACCUCUGACUUUAAGCUCAUUUUGUGGUGACAGGUCACAUUUAUCCAGUAAAAGUAACAAGUUUUUUAACAUCGUCCAAUUAUCCAAGCUACAACCAAAGUAAGUUGAAUUUGGGCAGAAAAAUUCGAAACGAUUUGCUGAGAAAUCAUGAUAGUUUGACCAACUCUUUUCUGUCAAAUCGUGACCCUGAAAUUGUAGGAUUUUUUUGGAAGACCUCAAGAGUAAAAAUUUUUAAUCGUUCCGUGUCGGGAAAACAAAAUGAGUUUGUUUCUAUGAGUAAACCAACCUGAGCAGAGCUGAAAUGUGUAAGAAUGUUACACAGAUGUACAGAAUAAGAGCACAGAACAUUCGACUGUGGAGCUAAACUCCCCUGAGAACUAACAAAUAAGUUGUCUGCACACCAGUCUGGGAAAAAAUGAGUGCGUUACUGUCUUUGAAGGUCAAUAUCUAAGGAAGAAAACAGGUGACCAAUAGUGGGUAUUAAAUAUCAACAACCAAGAUGUCCACCAAAG